UGCGUGCUGUGGCGGCGGCGGCCGGCGCGGAGCCAGACCCCCGCGGGGCGCGGUGCGGGCGGGCUGAGGGCCACUCGCCGCCGCCUCGUCGGGCGCUCGCAGCACCAGGAGCCGCGCCGUCCCCGCGACUCCCUCCGCGGGCAGAGCGGGGGAGAAUGACGGAGCUCCAGUCCGCCUUGCUACUGCGGAGACAACUAGCAGAGCUCAACAAAAAUCCAGUGGAAGGCUUUUCAGCGGGCUUAAUAGAUGACAAUGAUCUUUAUCGAUGGGAAGUCCUUAUUAUUGGUCCUCCAGAUACACUAUAUGAAGGUGGUGUUUUCAAGGCUCAUCUUACUUUUCCAAAAGACUAUCCACUGAGGCCGCCAAAAAUGAAGUUCAUCACAGAAAUCUGGCACCCAAAUGUUGACAAGAAUGGGGAUGUCUGCAUUUCAAUUCUUCACGAGCCUGGAGAAGACAAAUAUGGCUAUGAAAAACCUGAGGAACGCUGGCUUCCCAUUCACACAGUGGAAACUAUAAUGAUUAGUGUAAUUUCUAUGCUGGCAGAUCCCAAUGGUGAUUCUCCUGCUAAUGUUGAUGCAGCGAAAGAAUGGAGAGAAGACAGAAAUGGAGAAUUCAAAAGAAAAGUUGCCCGCUGUGUAAGAAAAAGCCAAGAAACUGCUUUUGAGUGACACUUAUUCAGCAGCUAGUAGCUUCACUUUUUUCAGGGUCUUCAAUUGAGAAACAUGGCACUGUUUUUUUUCCUGCACUCUACCCACCUAUUGCUGGACUUCUGUUGUUACAAGUUGGCAAACACUGGCUGGAACUGGGCUGCAAUAAAACAUGCCAGUUAUCAAUGCUGACAAGAGCCUAACAAGUGCCAACACAAGAUGAUUACGCAUUUUGAAAUCUAAUGAACUGCUUUAACCUUCAGGAAGAAUUGUAAAGAUGUGUACAUAGCACAACAUGAUCUGGAUAAUAUAUAUACUGUUCAUGUACAUCCACAAAUACACAUUGUACCAAAUAAUGCUGUCUGUAGUUAGGAUAAGAAUCGUGUAAAUUCUAAAGAUUUUAGCAAGUUUUUCUCUCCCUAUUCAUUGUUUCCUAUCAGUUUAAAGAAAAAAAACAAAAACAGCAACAAAAAAACUUGUGAAGCAUGUCAAACUAAAACUAAUUAGGAUAAAGACUUUUUUUCCACUUAAUUUUCCUUUGACCCACUGAGGCUUAAUUAAAAUCUCUUGCUUAUUAAAGUUUAGUAUCUCUUUUGGUUUUUGGAAAUGUGCUCCCUCUUUAUCCCUCAUCAGAAUUUAAGAUUUUCCUAAUUAAACCCUGAAAGGAUUUGCUAUCAAUUACUUGUGUCUUCUUUUAUGAUGACCUUUGUAGUCUCAAAGGUGCUUUUUUUUUCUUUCUCCUCCUUUUUAAAACCCAAUUGCACAUACUUCUUGAAUUGGGUAUAGCAAUAAAACUGGCCAUGGAGCACCCUUAGGCAGCUUGCUGAGUUUUUACCUUCCAAAGGACUUGAGUGCUUUCAUUUGGAAGUUCAGUUGACUAAGUUAGUCCAAGAUAGGAUGAGCUGCUUUUUCUGGGUGUGGUGUGUUGUUUUUUUUUCUUCUUUUUUCCUUGCCUUUUUCCUUGCCUGUUUGUGAGGUGGGGUGUGUGUAUGGGAGGCUUGUUUUUUCUCAAAGUUGCAUUUGAGCAUGCACAUUCAAGUAGGCUUUCAAAUGACUAAUUUCUGGGUUUGGUAUCAAAAACACUUUCCCUCCUUAUCCUUUUUCUCUCUUCUGUGGCCCUUCGUAUUCUUUGCCUUCUACUUCAGAGUUUCCUUACCUAAUGUACAAAGAAAAUUGCGAUGUAUAUUUUCAUGUAAUUUUGAGUUUUUUGAAUUCUGUCACCUUCUGUAGUGAGUUCUUCCAAAAUAUAAUUUUUUCCAAUAAUGUUGUGUCAACCUGGCUGUUUUCAGUAUCUUAAAUAGGAAAGGGGAACUGCAGUUAGAGCACAACUUACCUGAACUCCUUCAAGGACCUAAAACUCUGCAAACACGUGUUGAAUUUGACAUUGUAUUUAAUUUUGAAAUAACAAUUAAAAUAAUUCUUUCUUUCUCUUAGAACUGUCUUGGACCUCCUGCGAACAAAUCCUGAUCUCGGAGUACCUAGUAACUUUUUUCCAGGCCUAUCUGAAAUAUCUCUCUACCAAAGACUUGCAGAGGAACCUGCACCUGCCUGGCUGUUCUCUGCUCUGUCAGAGAUUGGUUUUAUUUUAGCCUUUAACAGCACAGAGAGAAACCCUCUAAUUUAUUAGUCAGUUAAAGUGUCAUUAAAAGUCAUCUUGUAGUAAGCUUUCAGUAUUAAUUUGCUAGCUGGCUAUACUUUGUUUCAGGUCACUAUGCAAUCAAUAUAUGUACACCAAAAAGGUAUGUAGCAGGUUUUAUGAGGGUCUGGGUAGGGUGGAAGAUGGGAAGACUUGUUAGUCGCAAGGCAAGCAUAUGGGUUUUAAAAAAAAAAAAUACAGGUAUACUAAUCAAGACUUAAGGUGAAGUCAUUACUUUCUCCUGUAGUUGCUUUAGAUAAACAUACUGUGUUUGAUAGUCAUAUUUGCAAAUUUGAUAACAAAGUAUUUUGAGAAACCAUUAGUUAAAAUUGAAUUUUAAUUGGAUAGCUUCCUCGUGUAGGCAGGCAGAUGUAUGGAGUACUUCAGUGCUAUCUGGGCCCAGACACGAUAGCUGCUUCCUCAUUCCCAUUUGAGUGCCUGUCUAAAACUUUUUUUUUUUUUUCAAUUUAUCCAAGACUUGGGACUGUGUUGAAUCGCAGCAGCUUGGUGCCACCUUUCUAUUACUAAAGUACCAGGAGAUGUUCCUGUUCUUAAAUCUAGUACUGGCCGCCUUCACCACUAGCCACCUUUCACCUUUCCUUCUGCAAUUCCAUUGAGUACCCAAAGAAGUGGCAGCAAUUGCAAAUAACCAAUACUUGCUGCUUUGAGCAGAUUGGAAAGUAUUCUGUGUUUUCUUACAAGCUAACGAACACACACAGUCUACAUUUGACUCAUCAGUAAACAUCACAGCUUAAAUCUUAUCUAAUUUGCUUUGUAAAAGGAGUACUUUGGGGUUUGUUUUCUGUUUUUAGAGGAAGGCCUGGAAAUUUUAGUCUUGCAUCAGUUUUAGGGAAGAAUUGUUAGUCUCAUAGCAGUGUUGGUCCCCACUUUGCGAAUAUAAAACUACUGUUUUGCCUGCCCAGUUACGUGAUUCCACACGGCCCAGAUACUCCAAAAGAAGGAGCAUGACUGAAAUAGCGUUAAGACACUGCUUGUGAGACAGCUUACAAGCUGCAGGUAUGACUAAUGUCCAAUAAUUUAAUUAAGAAGGUAUCUGAGAUUCUGGUGCCAGGUGUCCAGCUUUUAACAAAUCUUUGGUAGGUGCACAAAUGGCCUACUUGUCUGUGGCUCCACUUGGGUUUUUGCUUGUUCUUGCCUCAUGUGCAAGGGCACAGCCAUGGCUAGGUGCUUAGUGAUAGGAAAGCAGAGGUUUCUGCUUAAUUACCUCAAGAUGUUCACACCAUUUAAGACAUGCACUAUGAAUAAGUAGUACCAGCGUACUUGUGGAACAAUCAAGGAAACCAGCAUUCUUAAUCAUUUUCACUUGUUGCAGGAUCUUUCAUCUAGUUUGGCUUUAUGUAAUUGUCUGCGUACUGUUUUUUUAUUAUUAUCUGGAGACUCACGAUUAUGGGGGAGAUUUUCUGUCUCCUCUGUCCCCCCAGUACCUUGUGGCCUGCUUUCCAGAUAACACUGCAUUACUGGGGAGGAAAAAAAAAGGAAGGGAAAGCAUAGAAUUCUAAUAAAUAUCAAAAUUGGAUGGCCGUCUCAAUUCCUUUUUCAUGCUUCUCCAUGCUGCUACUUACGCAUCAGAGAAGUUUUUUGUAAAAAUCAAUCAGGUUAUGAAGCUGUCAUUCUCAAAUUCUUUCCUGCUGUGAUGCCUAGAAAAUGCUUAUUGAAACUAGAAGAUCAAUAAAUGGAGAACGUUAAUUCUGAA